AAAAUAGUUGAAUAAGACGAGUGUUUUUGAAUUAAAAAGGAAAAAACAAGAAGAAGAGCGCUAGUCCUUAAAAUCGAAGAAGGUUAAGGAAAAUGGAGAGUUGACUCGCUUAAAAAGGUCAAAAUCAAUUUCUCUCUCUUGAAUUUCUGCCAUCAUCCUCUAAUUCUAUCAUUCCCCCUACUGUCUGUUGUCCUGUCUGUCCAUUGUUCCAAGCACGUGCGUCCCUCUCUCACGUCACGUGCACCACCACCACCUCUACAGCUCCUCCCUCUCUCUCUCUCUCUCUACAGACACACAGACCACCACGCCUCUCUAACAUCAUUAUCACCAUUUGAAUCAUUCUUCCGUUUGGAAAAUAAUUAUACAAUCAUCAUUGCUAUGAUGUGAAGAAAAGCGCGAUGCACGCCUACAAUCGGCUCCCGAGCAGCGGACAAAGCAGCCCCCAAUCCCCGCCCUCGUCGCCGCUCAGCCGCUCCCCGCGCUACCGCCACCGCGGCUCCAAAUCGGGCCGCCCGCCGCCCAAGACGCUCGCGCAGCGCCUCGUCUGGAUCCUGCUCUCUUUCCUCCUCAAGCGCCAGGGGAUUUUCCUCUUCGCGCCUCUUCUCUACAUCUCCGGUAUGCUCUUCUACAUGGGAACGGUGUCGUUUGACGUCGUUCCGGUCAUUAAGCACAGGCCUCCCCCCGGCUCCAUCUACCGGAGCCCCCAGCUCUAUGCUAAGCUCCGCCCGGAAAUGGACUCCGAUAAUUCCUCUGCGGAUGCGAUAUCAACUAUAUGGAAACAUUCUUAUAAAGUUGGUGAAUGGAGACCAUGUAUCAGCAAGUCUUUUGAAGGCUUACCAGAGUCAAAUGGAUUUAUAUUUGUCGAGGCCAAUGGUGGUCUAAAUCAACAAAGAACAUCGAUAUGCAAUGCUGUCGCUGUUGCUGGCUACCUUAACGCAACUCUUGUGAUUCCAAAUUUUCAUUAUCACAGUAUUUGGAGAGAUCCGAGCAAAUUUGGUGACAUAUAUGAUGAAGAAUUCUUCAUUAAAACCCUUGAAAAUGAUGUUCGGAUAGUUGGAACGAUCCCUGGGUACAUAAUGGAGCGGUUUGACCAUAACAUGAGCAAUGUAUACAACUUCAGGAUAAAAGCCUGGUCGUCUAUCAAAUACUAUACAGAUACAGUUCUUCCAAAGCUGCUUGAAGAAAAGAUUAUAAGGAUUUCUCCUUUUGCAAAUCGAUUGUCAUUUGAUGCUCCGCCAGCUGUACAACGACUUAGAUGCUUGGCAAAUUAUCAAGCUCUAAGGUUUUCAGACCCGAUAUCAAGUUUGGGUGAAACUUUGGUUGCAAGGAUGAAAAAGCUCAGUGCAAAUAAUAGUGGCAAAUAUAUCUCUGUGCAUCUUCGCUUUGAGGAGGACAUGGUUGCAUUUUCUUGUUGUGUAUAUGAUGGUGGAGACAGAGAAAAACUAGACAUGGAUGCUGCUAGGGAAAGAGGUUGGAAGGGAAAAUUUACUAAGCGUGGAAAAGUCAUUCGGCCUGGAGCCAUCAGAUUAAAUGGGAAAUGUCCAUUAACACCUUUAGAGGUAGGUUUGAUGCUCAGGGGAAUGGGCUUCGACAAAAGUACAUCAAUCUAUUUGGCAUCUGGAAAGAUAUAUGACUCUGAGAGGUACAUGGCCCCAUUAUUGGAAAUGUUUCCGUUACUACAAACAAAAGAGAUGUUGGCAUCUGCUGAGGAACUGGCUCCAUUCCAGAAUUACUCAUCCAGAAUGGCUGCCAUAGACUACACUGUUUGUCUUCAUAGUGAAGUUUUUGUAACAACUCAAGGUGGAAAUUUCCCUCAGUUUCUUUUGGGGCACAGAAGAUAUUUGUAUGGUGGUCACUCCAGGACAAUUAGGCCUGACAAGCGGAAGUUAGCAUUAUUAUUUGAUAAUCUAAAUAACGGGUGGAAAAGCUUCAAGCGUCAAAUGCUAAAUAUCCGAAGUCAUAGUGACUCGAAAGGUAUUGAGCUCAAAAGACCAAAUGACUCGAUAUAUUCAGUUCCUUGUCCAGAUUGCAUGUGCAAAGUGAACAAGACCGAGGAUUCAAGAUCAUCAUCUGCAACGUAAAGGGGUCCUCCCGUUCCCUUUAAGUUGUGUGCACAUGUGGCUGCUAACCCGAGAUCUCGAUUCUGAUUCUUUGAUUUUUUAGCUCUCCCUCAGGGAGAGGGCGCCACUCUGCUUGUGGAUAGUGAUUUGUAGGAAGAAUAUGAUUAUUAGCAGGGUAUUCAUCUGCAUCUUUUUGUGUACGAUGCAAAGAGUAGGUAUAACCGUAUAACUUACCGGAAUAGCACGAAAAAUCGCCCUACGUCAAAUUCUUCAGCUUAGCUACUGCGUCAUCUGACUCAAUUGUGAAUCAAUCGACUCAAGAAGCUCCGACAAAAGAUUGUUUGUGGAAGAAGCUCGGACAUGUCACUCACGUCCUUGUUUGUAUUGUACAUUAGUGGUUUCAGCUGUACACCACCCUAGAGCAGGAUCGACAUUAUACAUCAUCAAAUUCAUUUAAAAGUGUUGUAAAAUACAAUGCAUUCAUCCCUCCCUUGAGAUAUGUUCUCCAUGUAUCAAUGCAGGAAAAAGGAAAAAGAAACAGUUGAUUGCAUGUGUUGUAAGAAAGUUGUGCAGUGGUUUUGAUAC